AUGUCUAAGAAGAUCAAGAUCAUCCAACAAAGGCUCAAGACGGCACAGAGUCAGAAAAAGAAUUAUGUGGAUGUUCGAAGGAGACCUCCUGAGUAUGAGGUUGGCAAUCAUGUAUUUAUCUAUGUGAUUUCGAUGAAGGGCCACUCAAGAUUUGGUAAGAAAGGUAAACUGUCACCCCGCUACAUUCGGCCGUUUCAAAUUCCAGAAAGGCUUGGCCCAAUAGCUUAUAGAGUUGAUUUGUCACCGGGAUUCGAACAAAUGCAGAAUGUAUUCCAUGUAUCAAUGUUGAGGGGUUAUCUUCAAGAUCCGUUUCAUGUGACUAACUAUCACCGAAUAGCACUCGAUGAGAAUAUGGAAUACGAAAAAUGGCCAGAACGAAUCAUUGAUCGGCAAGUGAUGCAGUUGAGAAAUAAGUCCAUCCCAAUGGUGAAGGUUGUAGAGGUGUUAGAAAUUGAAAUUGUCUAUACCAUUGUGAUUAGCGUGAAUUUUAGAGCAUAUGGUGAAAUUUGA